AUGGUUGUGCCUUCUCCAACUCCACUCCGAAGCAAAAUAACUCGAGCCCUUGGAAUUCCAGUUAUAGAUCUCAGUCUCGAGAGGUCUAAACUUUCAGAACUAGUAGUAAAAGCUUGCGAAGAAUUCGGGUUCUUCCAGGUAAUAAAUCAUGGAGUUCCUAAAGAAAUAAUUUCUAGAGUUGAAAAUGAAGGUCGACAAUUCUUCUCAAAACCUGCAUUUGAAAAGCAGCUGUCUGUACCGCCUAGUCCUUUUGGUUAUGGCUGCAAAAAUAUUGGAUUCAAUGGCGACAAGGGCGAGCUUGAAUAUAUUCUUCUUGAAGCUAAUCCUCAAUCAAUUUGCCAGAGAUCUAUCUCCAUCUCCACCAAUCCUCAAAACUUCAGUAGUGCUGUAAAUGAUUACAUACAAGCAACUAGGAACCUGGCAUGUGAUAUUCUUGAUUUAGUGGCUGAAAGGCUAUCGGUGGAAGACAAAUCCGUUUUAAGUCAACUCAUUAGAGAUGUAAAUAGUGAUUCAUGCUUCAGAAUUAAUCACUAUCCUUCAGCCAACAUUAAUUCCAUGGAGGAUUGGAACCCAGCUGCCCCCAAACUGUUUGAGCACUCAAAAACUCGUAUUGGGUUCGGAGAACAUUCCGAUCCUCAGAUAUUGACAAUUUUGAGAUCCAACGAUGUUGGUGGCCUUCAAAUUUGUUCACGAGAUGGUCUGUGGAUCCCCGUUCUUCCAGACUCCAAUCAAUUUUGUGUGUUUGUAGGCGAUGCCUUUCAGUGUAACAGAAAUCCAGUUAUUUUCAACUUUGGCGACUCAAACUCUGAUACUGGUGGGUAUGCCGUUGCACUUGGAUUAAACCUUGGAGAUCCCGAUGCACGCACCUUCUUCCAUCAACCAACUGGCCGCUUAUGUGAUGGAAGAUUAAUCAUCGAUUUCCUAUGUGAAAGUCUGAAUACCAAUUAUUUGACUCCUUAUCUUGAGUCACUGGCACCCAAUUUCACAACUGGAGCUAACUUUGCAAUAUGUGGCUCAUCGACGCUCCCUAGAUCUGUUCCGUUCAGUUUACAUAUUCAAUUUCGUGAGUUCAAACGUUUCCAGAACCGCUCCUUAGAGCUUGGAUCUAAAGGUUUCAAAAACUUAGUUGGGGAGAAGGACUUCAAGAAUGCAAUUUACUCGAUCGACAUAGGGCAAAAUGAUCUGGCAAAUGCUUUUACCUACCUUUCAUACGCUGAUGUUGUUAAAAAGAUACCUUCCUUCAUUUCUGAAAUUAGAGAUGUUAUGUUGGGGAUAUAUGAAGUGGGUGGGAGGAAUUUCUGGGUGCAUAACACAGGGCCACUGGGCUGUUUGCCUGCAAAACUUGCCACUAGAAACACCAAUGCCAACGAUUUCGAUGAAUAUGGAUGCAUCAAGUCUCUUAAUGAAGCUGCAAAAGCAUAUAACAUGAUGCUAAAUGCACUAUGUGAACAGCUACGAUCGCAAACAAAAGGCACCACUAUUGUCUAUGUGGAUAUCUACUCUAUCAAGUAUAAUCUCAUUUCCAAUUCUGCCUCAUACGGUUUUGAGAAUCCUUUGAUGGCAUGUUGUGGAUAUGGUGGAGUGCCGUACAAUUACAAUGCCAACAUUACAUGCCGGAGCAGUGGAUUCAGCGUUUGUGAGGAAGGGACUCGUUAUGUAAGCUGGGAUGGAAUUCAUUACACAGAGGCUGCCAAUGCAAUUGUUGCCUCCAAAAUACUCUCGACUGAUUAUUCUACUCCUCCCUUGAACUUUAACUACUUCUGCAGUGCUUAA